ACGACGAUGUACUCCUGCGGCCAUCGAUCCACUCUAACUCUUCGCCGGCGGAGGCGGGCGGCUCGAUGGAGAUUGUUCUGCUUUCAGAUCACGUCUUUAGCCUCUCGCCUCCACUCGCUCCACUUCUUCUUCAUCGAGGCCGCUUCGAUCCCUUGUUCCACAAAUAUCGUUCCUUUCCUUACCAUCGACACCGGAGUCGGAAGCCCGUCGUAGUUUCUUUUUCCCUCUCUGGUUCUUCCGGUUUAACUCCGAUUCCGUCCAGGUAUGGCGGGUGGGAUGACCCGGAUCUCCUCGAUGAAUCCUACAGAUCGGGUAAGUUCGAUUCCGUCCGGAACCUCUUAGCCUCUUUCGGGAUUAACGAACGAAAGCACGGGUUCCUCUUUCUUUUGGGAUUUCUCUCGGCUUUGGCGGUAUCUAGGGCGAGGAUUUCUUCCAUGGCCAUUUUUCCUGUCUCGGUGGUGAUUUUUGUGGCUGGAUUCUCGGCCGGGAUGAGCCAGGCGAGCGCCGCCAGUGGGUCAAUUUGGGAUUUUGAUGUGAAAAUCAAAGAUGUGAGUGAAUUUCUGAAAGAUAUGGACGAAAAGGUCUCAGAUUUGGGAAAUGGAUUAGCGGAAGGCGUCCAAUCUAAUCGUAUAGAGAAGAGUAGGCUUAAGGAUUAUGUUGACAUUCUCAAAUAUGUGAGAUCGAGGAUUGUUCAUGCUCAGAGGACGCUGGAGGAUUCUGCUUCAGUUGUCAAUGUGGAUGAACAGACGGAUUUUGAACAGGGGAAAAAGUCGAGCCAAAAGCCAAGCCGGAAGAGAAGGGAACUGGGGAUGAUUGCUUUUGACAUUCUUCAGUUUUUUGGCAAUAUAUUGCAGGAGAACUUCACCGUUCUGAAGACAUCACAAGAGAGUAAUGCAAUUAACAAGGUAGAGCUGUCGGAGCAGGGAGUCUCAGUUGUUGAAAAGACUGAAGCGAGUGAUAUUGCAGCAUCAACUGUGAUAAGUGGAAAUGGUGUAAAUUUAUCUAGCAAAAAGUCUGUUAAUCCGAAUCUCGAAAAAUCACAAGAACCCUUAAGAGUCGCAGAGGGCGCAGCAGCAAAUCAAAAUAGUGGAUCAGUCAGUGAUGUGAAGAAAUUCGAAGACACCGGAGAUCAAAGAUAUAAGGACGAUAUGUUGCCAUUUGAUGAAGAACUCAACAAUCCGAAUGCAAGUUUUCGGUUCAAGACAAAGAAAGAACACUACCAGAAAAUGGUUUUCAGGCAUCAUUAUGAAGAUGCCAUUCGGAAUGAUGGGCAUACUUCUAUGGGUAGUAAUUCAAACCAGAAAGCUACAAAAAAUAUAGACUUCUUCAAAGAAACUGCAGAAUCAUUGAUGUUAGAACAGAAAUUUGAGGUACACAAUAAGUCAUAUUUGCAUUCUGAUGAAUAUCAUGGUAGCAAUUUAAAGGAUGAAAGCAUAAGUAGCAUUGGUUCUAACAACCAAUUUGGCAAUGAUCUCAGUGGUUCAGGAGUGAAAACUGAUUAUCCAAUUGACGGUGUUAGGAAAGGCAAGAUUGCAUCUUCGUUUUCUUCAACGCAUUCAACUGAUGGUGAUUUUGAUCAAAAUGUCCAAGAAGCCUCAGAACUUCUAAGGCAGGCUAGGAUAUAUAUGAAGUCUCAAACCGAUGAAGCAGCAUUAGAUGCCUUAUUAUACAGAUCCGAGAAAUUGCUUUCUGUGGCUGUUCAUUUGAAGCCAAUGAGUUUGCUGGCUGUAGGUCAGUUGGGUAAUGCUUAUCUUUUGCAUGGAGAACUAAAAUUGAAGAUUAGCAAACAACUGAGAGCUCUCUUAUCCAAAAGUGAUGUCAUUCUAAAUGAAAAGUCAACUGUUUUAAGAGGUAAGAAAUUGGAUACAAGAAUCUUAAGCAGAGACAACCUUACUUCUGCCCUUACUGAUGUUUGUGAGGAGUGUGAAGAACUGCUAGGUAAGGCAGGAAGAAAGUAUAGAAUGGCUUUGACAAUUGAUGGGAGUGAUAUUCGAGCUCUAUAUAAUUGGGGUCUUGCUCUGUCAUAUCGUGCACAAUUGAUUGCAGAUAUUGGACCAGAAGCAGCUGCUGAUGCUGACAAGGUAUACAUGGCUGCAAUAGAUAAAUUUGACGCUAUUGUGACUAAGAGCAAUGCUUAUGCUCCAGAUGCCUUGUACAGAUGGGGUGUGGCCUUGCAGCAGCGAUCCAACCUGCGUCGAAACAACAGAGGGGAAAAGCUGAAGCUUCUGCAACAGGCUAAGAGCCUGUUCGAAGAUGUGCUAUAUGUGGAAUCGAAUAACCGGCUCGCAAGGGAAGCUCUUUCUUCCUGUCUUUUGGAACUCGAUUACCAUAGGAAGUGGUAAUCAUUUGCUCGAGCUCCAAACAAUGGCCAUGUUCAUAAUCCAUGCGGCUGGCUCUAAUUUACUUCUACUUUCUUUCCUUCGGGAUCGACAUCAUUUCUAUUUCAUGCGAUGUGCACUGAAGAAGAAAUUAUACCUUGGAAAAUAUGGAUGAUAAAAUUGUCGAAAGCUCUGAUUCAUCGACAAUGCAGCUUUACUAGUAUGAUGAGCUAAACUGAUGUAGGUAGCUGAGAAUUGAGAAAUGAUGGCAAUUUUGUGACUGCGAAGCACCUUGUUCUGUAUAAAGAAUCAUAAAACCUAGUACAUGGAGUUAUCUUGUUAGUUGUCUGUA